CUGCCGAUCUGAAGCCAAAAUGUAUCGCCACGGCGCGCAUUUCGCUACUAACUUUCCCGGCGGAACCAUCACUACCUCUGACUUGUCCGAUCUCAAGCUCGGCAAAAAGCGUGGGAGCUAUAAUUGUGGCCGCUGUGGUCUCCCCAAGAAAGGUCACUCCUGCCAUGGAGACACCACAACAUUGACCGCCGACUCUUCCUCCGUCAUCGCCACCCCAUCUCCUACCUUCCUCACCCCUAAACCACCACGCGAGUCCUCCUCUCACCUCCGCCGCGCUCUUUCAUUCGACGAUAACGAGGUCAACGUUUCACUGGUAUCUGAUGAUGAGGGUUUCUCCGACGGAUGUCCAGAGAUGAACGUCGAUACCGGUGAUGUUCGGCUUCCUUGGAGUUGCCUUUGGGAGGUGCUGCGGAGAUUGCCGCCGGAGUCGUUGUUGUCGGCGGCGAAUGUUUGUAGGGGGUGGAGGGACUGCACGAGGAAGCUCUGGCGGGCGGCGGAGGAGUUAAGGCUUAGAAUCCCUGCGAAAGCUCAACUUGGAUUGGUUGGAUCGGUGUUGCAGAAGUGUUCGGGGCUCGUCAGGCUCUCUCUUAGGAUCGAAAGUGAUGUGGAUGCAACGAUGUUGGCUUGCAUAGCGUUCUCCUGUCCUAAUUUGGAAUCCUUGGCGAUCCGUACAUCCGACUCUGCUACCAAUCGGAUAUCUGGGGAUGAGUUGGGUCGUUUUGUUGCUGAUAAACGAUUUCUUUCAAGCCUCAAGAUGGAAGGUUGCUCUAACCUUGGUGGUUUCAGUCUCUGUUCUUCAACUUUGUCUACUCUGUGGCUUUCAGAUCUUUUCUCUCUAUCUAAGAUGGUUUUUCACUGCCCAAAUUUGAAGGAACUUUCCUUGGAUUUUUCUCGCCUGGAUAAUGAUUGUACUGAUCUUGCUACCAUGGCGGAUAGUCUUGGAAGGACCUGCCCAAGGUUGAAAAACAUUCACAUUGCAUCGCUAAGACUCUCUCACGCUGUUGUGCUUGCUCUUACUGCUGCAAACUUGAGGAAUCUACGCAUGCUUUCUCUUGUACUUGGUUCAGAAAUCACCGAUGCCUCUGUAGCUGCCAUUGCUUCAAGCUAUGAAAAUUUCGAAUUGCUUGAUUUGAGUGGGUCUAGCAUCAGUGACGGUGGCAUUGGGAUUAUCUGCAAUGUGUUCCCCGAAACUCUAUCUAGACUUCUCCUUGCGUCUUGUCCUAAUAUUACCUCAAGUGGAAUCCAAUUUGCUGCAGCACAAUUGCCCCUUUUGGAACUCAUGGACUGUGGGAUGACUAUAUGUGAUCCCAAUUCCCAAUCUCUGAACUCUACAGAUGGGUCUGAAUAUGUUAGCAAUGGUUGUGAACCCAAUCAUCUACAGAAAAAACCCAACAGCAAACUUCACCAUAUUUACCAGAAGCUGAUAAUCAAACACGGACGGUUGAAGAAACUCAGCCUUUGGGGUUGUUCUGGUUUAGAUGCCUUGUAUCUCAACUGCCAUGAGCUCAUUGACCUGAAUCUGAAUUCCUGUACAAAUCUGCAUCCUGAGAGAUUGUUACUUCAGUGCCCGAGUUUGCAAAGUUUACAUGCUUUGGGAUGCCAAAAGAUGCUGAUUGGAGCAAUUCAGAACCAGGUGUAUAAAGAGUCUGUUAAUGCAGAAGACUAUUUUCCAUUCAAACGCUUGGCAGUUGGUUCGAAGAGGGUCCGAGUUCCACAUUUCUUCACCGCACAGCUGUCCGAUGAGAAGGCAAGGAAGGUUUUGAGACCACGGUGUGCUGUGCUCCUGGACUAACCAGCAUAAUGUUUCCCCCAAUCUCUGCCUUAUAAUCCCUCUUACCUUCAUAUCUGCAAAAUGUCUACUCUUUUGGGGCUCAUGCCCCUGAAAUAUCUGAAUAGCUUGUAACCAAUUUACAUGCUAAUGUCAAAAGUGAAAUCUAUAAAGAAUAUUCGUGUUAAAGUUUGGCCUGGAUCCAUGCCAAAAUUUCCUUUUUAGUGAAUAAAAAUGAAAAAUAUCUUUUUCAUUC